GGACAGUCUAUUCAAUGGUUGCGGUGGUCGCACUGAUACCUCGUUUGUCCAAAGCUGACCGUGACAGUAUUCACACUUACAUUUCCCACUCAUUGCUUAGAACCACUGCGGGUAUUUGCAUCAGAAUAACUGCACACGCCGAAUUGGAUUGCGGUAACAGGACUUGCUCUGAUGAUUUUAUUCCAGAAGCUGGUCUCGGCCCCGUCAAACUGCACAUUGAUUCAAAGGCUGAGAAAGGAGAACUUGGCGCCCAGGGUAAACCCGGGUCGUUUGAUGUUGAAAAACGACACAUAAUUAAGAUUUGUGUGUGUGUUUGUUUGAUAUGUUGCAGGCAACAUUGUUUCUACAUAGCAAUGUUUUGCCUCUUGUUGGCAGACAGAAGAGGAAAUUGACAGAUUUGGAUGUAGGUCAAGAGGUCAAGACCUCACCCUACAAACCAUGGAUAUUUUUUUCGUUUAAAAUUUUAUUUCGCCAUCCAUGCGACCAUGCGAUGCAUAUCACCAGAGUGCGGUGCAUGGUAAGUAGUGCAUUUGUCGCUUGUUUUUUGCCGUGCGAUCAUUGAGUGUGCUGUAUUGAAGGCCUUCUCUGAUGUGUGUUUCAAUUGUCAGGUAGUAUCGGUUCCAUUCUGGUGUACAAAACCCCCGUCGGUACCCAGUCCUUGAACAAGGGGCGGUAAGGGGCGGAAAAUGCAGAGAGGAUUGGAUGGAGUCCGCAAACACAGUACCCUACAAACCAUGGAAGGCUGACAUUCCCUCUCGAAAAAAUUAUUCAAGGCUGACCCGAAAUCACCCGGGAUCAACUGGGGUGAACCAUUGUGUCCGGGGGUUUUGUUGACUCGCAGAACUAUGAUGAACUAUGAAUUACAUGUGGUUUGAAGCUUGAGAUUCGUCGGCUGUUUGUGUCCUUGGCAGUGAAAGUCUGUGCUUCUUCGUUUUGGCGCUAGUCACUCGCGGCUUCAAAUGAUGACAUGAAGAAAGAUUUGUGCGUGGCAUAGCCGGCUACGGUGAUGCUGAAGCCACAUAAACGUGUCCUGAGCCGAGUCAAGACCUAGCGGCACAUGCAGAUUCACAGUACCAUCUUGAUGACUGAGACUGAAAUGUGAUGACUGUGAUGAUUUGUGCGUGACCGAGUCUUACAAACUUGCGGAACAGUGACAGGCGAACCAUCCGAUGGUUCGCCUCUCUUCAGCUUUGCUCGAGGGCAGAGCAUGAGAGCAUUGGCCAAGAGAUUGAAUGUGUUGAAGGCUUAGUGAGCAUAACCUGGGGAUUUGGACAUCCAUGCUUUGACUUUGACCAACUACUCCAUGAUUCAUGGCUUGCAAAGUUGAUGACUUUCGGGGACAAGGAGCUCUAGAUGAAGCUCUAGAUGAAGCUUGACCAGCUGUUUGGUCUGCUCCAGAGUGUUUCCCCGUAUUUGGAUGCUCCGGAGACCUCUCGAGCUCCACACGUCCACACCGCUUCGCUCCGGGCGGUUUCACGGUGGAUCCACCGGGCCUCCGUGGCGUCGGUCGAAGCCUCCCAGGUCGAGCGAGAAGCUUUUCCUCGGAGGUCCAUGUCGUGUCGGUCCCAGGGCAUGGGCUGGUCGGGAUUCGUUCAGACUUCGGGCCGAAUUCCGUUCAGACUUUACGGUACUUCUUGGGAGUGUUCGUUCGAUAGACUUACUCUGACAUCAUAGAUUAGGGAUGCUUGCGGUGCCUUUUGUAGGGUAUCAUUCUUGCUAGCUACUCGUAUCUAUAUACUGCAAUUGGAUCCAAUUAAUUGGUAUGUCGAUGACCUUGACCGGGGCAACUCGGUGCAGUCGAUGUCUCAAUCAAUUCGUCCAACAUGAUCACCCAAGACACACUGCCUAAAAUGGACUGUCAACUACUGGACUUGAAACUCCUCACUUGGGCUUGGGGGACGGUAUGUGCCCAGCGUAGUUUCUUUAGACACAUGAUACAUACCAAGCACAUCCAAGCACCUUAAAUACAGUUGAAGGAUGUUGAAGGACCCGUGUGAUGGUUGAGUAUGUGUUAAAGUUGCAUCAUUUCUUCCAGUUGGAGAUUCACUUGCAGUGAAACUAUUUUUUACUCUCAUUUCAUAUCUUUUCAUGAAACAUGAAUUCAUGAAUGAUUCUUGUCACCCUUCACAGGCCCUUCACAGGCCCUUCGUGGGCGUGUGCCCUCACCCAUGGUCCACAGGAGUUCCUGCAUCGCUGUGCCACGGGCCCCGGGCGCCCGGCCGUGCUGCAUGGCGUUCCCGAGCAAGACCACUGGCCCGCCUUGGGAAAAUGGCAAAACCAGGCCAGCUUCCUCCAACAUUAUGGCCAUUUGCAUGUGCAAGUGACGGAAAUGGCCGCCCUGCACGGUUUGGGCAAGCCGAUGCGUGUGGAGCUGUCACUGGAAGAGUAUGCGGUCUACGCCCGCGACAACCAGGUGGACUGGCCCUUCUAUGUUUGGGAGAGAAACUUCACAGGUGAUCGUCAUGGCUUGUUGGAAGACUUCGCGACCCCCAAAGUCAUGGGUGAGGAUCUUUACGACCUCAGUCCAGAGGUGCAGAACGACCGGAUCCGCGGCCGGUGCAGAGGUGAAAGAGAUGGGUGUUCACGUUGACACCUCAGUGGAAACCCGGCAGAAGGACCACCCCGACGAUGACUAGAUGGGGUUCCAUAUAAACCACCAAGCUUGGGAAUUGUGCACUCGUUUGGACAAGGAUUCUGUUGUACAGUAGAAGAGUCGUUUUUUGGAUGUGCCGACUCAGGUCUGGCCAGGGCAGGAGGGAUGCUGUGGUUGUUUUUUGGAUCGGUUCAAAAACACCUCUG